UUCCUCAGUGGCAUUCUUGUAAAUAAGCUCUAUCCCGCGAGCAUCUCGCCAUCAUCACUCGCUCGACGCUCCUCUAUCUACUCGGUAACAGCAGCCAGAGCUCAACAGAGUUUCCAGCGGCCCCGCUCAUGGCGUGUCCCUCGCGUUUACCCGCCGCGGCCGCGUCGUCGUCCUUCCACGGCCAACUCCUGCGCCCCGCGGCUCCACCGUCCGUCGCGCGUGUGAGCCGGAGGAGGAGUGCGAACGCCGGCGGCGUCGUCUCGGUGAGGGCUUCCGAUGGGAUAGUGUUGGUGGAGAAGUCGGAGGCAGAGAAACCGCACAGGCUCAAGGCCGUUUAUCUCGACAAGAUCGUGCCCUUGCUCAAGGAUGAGUUCUCUUACACUAACAUCCACCAGGUUCCGAAGAUUGAAAAGAUUGUGGUGAAUUGCGGUAUUGGAGAUGCUGCUCAAAAUGCAAAGGGACUGGAUGCAGCCAUGAACGAUAUGGCGCUUAUUAUGGGGCAGAGGCCUAUAAAGACACGAGCCAGAGUCUCCCUUGCUCAAUUCAAGAUCAGAGAAGGUCAACCGCUCGGUAUCGCGGUUACUCUCCGAGGAAAUAUUAUGUACUCAUUCCUGGAUCGGCUGAUCAACUUGGGGCUUCCCCGGACGAGAGACUUCCAAGGUGUAAACGCAAAUAGCUUUGAUGGACAUGGGAAUUACAGCGUUGGCAUCCGGGAUCAGAGUGUUUUCCCGGAGAUCAGGUACGAUGCUCUAGGCAAACCGAGGGGGAUGGACGUGUGUAUCACAACUACCGCAAAAACGGAUCAGGAGGGUCAGAGGCUGCUGGCUCUGAUGGGAAUGCCGUUCAGAGAAGGUGGCGGUUCGGCAGGUUUACCCCGGAAGAAGAAACUGAGGAAACAUCACUUCGAUUCAAAAUCAAGAGGGAAGUCCAGAAGAUAGGAUCCCUUGGCGUAAGUGGCCUCGGAUUUUGUACGACAGUCGUAUUGAUGUCCUUUCAAGUUUGUGCCGUCGGCAGUUGGAGCAAAUAGGGAUCCUUUCGAAAAGUGAUUUAGAUAUGUCAGUUUGUAAUGCUGAUUAUUUGAACUAACUGUUUUAUUUCCUUAUU